CUGUCACAAAGCAUGGACUCCAAGGAACUGAGCUUCACUCCCCUCACAGGAGAUGGGAGCUGCCCUGGGCCUCUGGGGCCGGGGAGGGAGCCGCUCGACUGUCACCACUCAGGACACAGCGUGCCAGAUGGGAGGAGAAAGGCCUGGACCCGCCCGCUGCUCGCGGCCUCCCUCGCGGGCGCCUUGGGCUCCUCCUUCCUCUACGGCUACAGCCUGUCGGUGGUGAACGCGCCCGCCCCGCACAUCAAGGCCUUUUACCGUGAAUCAUGGGAAAGAAGGCGUGGACAUCCAAUAGACCCAGAUAGUCUGACCCUGCUCUGGUCUGUGACUGUGUCCAUAUUCGCCAUCGGUGGACUUGUGGGGACAUUAAUGGUGAAGAUGAUUGGAAAGGUUCUUGGAAGGAAGCACACUUUGCUGGUCAACAACGGGUUUGCGAUUUCCGCUGCAUUGUUGAUGAGCUGUUCUCUCCAGGCAAAAGCCUUUGAAAUGCUCAUCGUGGGCCGCUUCAUCAUGGGCAUAGAUGCAGGCAUCGCCCUCAGUGCACUCCCCAUGUACCUGGGAGAGAUCUCGCCCAAGGAGAUUCGUGGCUCUUUGGGGCAGGUGACUGCCAUCUUCAUCUGCAUUGGCGUGUUCACUGGCCAGCUACUGGGCCUGCCCGAGCUACUGGGAGUGGAGAGUACCUGGCCAUACCUCUUUGGAGUGAUUGUUGUCCCUGCUGUCAUCCAGCUGGUGAGCCUGCCCUUUCUCCCCGAGAGCCCACGCUACCUGCUCUUCGAGAAGCACGACGAGGUGGGAGCUGUAAAAGCAUUCCAGACAUUCCUGGGCAAAGCAGAUGUCUCCCGAGAGAUGGAAGAGAUCCUGGCUGAGAGCUACAUGCAGAGGAACAUCCGCCUUGUGUCUGUCCUGGAGCUGCUGAGGGCUCCCUCCGUCCGCUGGCAGAUUGUCACUGUGGUCAUCACCAUGGCCUGCUACCAGCUCUGUGGUCUCAAUGCGAUUUGGUUCUACACCAAUAGCAUCUUUGGAAAAGCUGGGAUCCCUCCAGAAAAGAUCCCAUACAUCACCUUGAGCACGGGUGGCAUUGAGAUUUUGGCUGCCACCUUCUCGGGCUUGGUCAUUGAGCGUCUGGGACGGAGACCCCUCAUCAUUGGUGGCUUCGGGCUAAUGGCCCUCUUCUUCGGGAUCCUCACCAUCAUGCUGACGCUGCAGGACUGUGCCCCCUGGAUCCCUUACCUGAGUAUCGUGUGCAUCCUGGCCAUCAUUGCCUCCUUCUGCAGCGGACCAGGUGGCGUUCCAUUCAUCUUGACUGCCGAGGUCUUCCAGCAAUCACAGAAGCCAGCUGCCUUCAUCAUCGCGGGCACCAUCAACUGGCUCUCCAACUUUGCUGUCGGGCUCCUCUUCCCAUUUAUUCAGAAAAGUCUGGACACCUACUGUUUCCUGGUCUUUGCCGCAAUCUGUAUCACAGGUGCUAUGUACUUUUAUUUUAUCCUGCCUGAGACCAAAAACAGAACCUAUGCAGAAAUCAGCCAGGCAUUUACCAAAAGGGACCAAGCAUACCCACUGGAAGGGAAAAAUGACUCAGCUGUGACUGAUGACAAGAUUAAAAGAAAGCCUGAGCCAGAUUCCUCCUCCACGUUGGACAGUUACGACAAAAACAGGAUUGUCUAG